AUGGCUCGUUAUCAGUAUCAGUAUCCACUUACCCAACGAGAAAUUCGGCUAAUUGACAUCGAACGCUGGAAAAACGACGAGUGGAACGAUGAAAUCAAUUUCUCUCUGCGCGUCUGCCCAAUUGACGAAUGUCCUCCGUAUGUCGCAUUAUCCUAUGCUUGGGGCGAUCCAACAAACGCCAAAGCCUGCUACUGUGACGGGCUGGAAUUUCCGGUUGCAGAAUCUCUCCGUGGCGCUUUGAUCACCCUCCGUACUCGGGAUACGCCCUCUCCAGUUUGGAUCGAUUCUAUUUGUAUCAACCAAGAUGACCUCGCCGAAAAAUCGAGACAAGUAAGCAUGAUGCGAGAAAUCUACUCCAGAGCUACAGCAACAAUAAUCUGGCUUGGUGAAACCUGCGAUGGGGAUAUUGUUGCCACACAACUGAUGCGCAAUCUCAAUUCGGUCUAUCCGAACCCGAGGAUGAUUCCACAAAAGGGAUCAAUUUAUGAACCUGGACGAACCCAAGAAUUCAACCAUUUAGCUCGGCCGGAGGAAUUGGGUCUCCCUCCAUUGAUCUCACCAGAAUGGAGUAGGUUGAUCGAUUUCUACAAGAAACCAUGGUUUUCGCGAGUCUGGAUCAUCCAAGAGCUUUGCGCAGCUAGACUUUGUGUCAUGUGGUGCGGAAACUCAGCUCUCCAACCCUUCGUUGUCCUCAACGCUGCUCUCAAGAUGGUAUCAUACCCAGGCCUAGGCUCAGGUCGAUGGAAUGACAUCCGAGUGCCCGCGCUGAUGAACGCUGCUACCCUGGCAGACUUACAAGAUCAUUUUCAGCGAGAAUCUUCUGGUUUCAUAUUUGGCCUGCUCAGACUUACGAGAGAUUUCAAGGCAACUAUUCCGCACGACAGGUUGUUUGCUCUUCUCGGUAUCGCUGACAACGGUGUAAGGGGUCAGUUUGUUAGAUUUCCAGUUGACUACCGACAAUCGAUCACCGAUACCUACAUUGCAUUUAUGCGAUGGGCGCUUGACGAGUGCAAGUUUUUUGGUGGCGAGAGUGCAUUAGCCUUGCUUUCGUAUGCUUGUCAUCCAAGCACUUCGCAAAGUCUUCCGAGCUGGGUUCCAAGAUGGGACGCUCAUUUGAGUGGCUUUACUUUCCUUGCUGAGAGUUCGCGCCGCAGGAUACCCGAAGAUGACCUUCACAGUCCUGAAAAAAGUCACUAUUGGGCAGACCUGAAGGCUUUCUUUGUGCAAGCCCGGCUUUUGAGCAGAGCCGCAGGCUAUUACCACAGUCGAGCAGGCAAGAACGAAGCAUUGAUUCGCACGCUCUGUCUUGACUGUGGUGGUAAAAAGGCGUCAACCCUUGAAAUGAGUGAAUCCGACUUCCAGUUAGUCGAUGCAUUUGAAAAGUGCGUCUCUGUCUUGAGCAACAUUCAGAGUUGGGAACAUACACCUAUAUCUGAAUUUAUUCCGUGGAAAACGAAACGCGAUUCCUACUACGUCAGCGGACAGAUCAAUUUGAUUGUAUUCCUUUUGACCAUUCUAGCAAUGGUUGUGUUCCGACGCUAUCCUGGUGCUUGGUGGCAGUGGCUGCUGUACAUAUGCGGGCUUGCAGCCUUCGACUGGACGGGACAACAGAUUCUACGUUUCGUUCCAGGCAUUGGGAAUGUCGCCGAGGCAAGAGAGCAGCUACCGAAACUGUUUGCCAGCGCUUGGCCAGUGUUUGAAAACUACGCAGACUUCUGGUCUCAACGCUCACUCUGCCUAACCGACGGUGGGCGGCUGGGUCUUGUCACAGAGCGAGUACAACCCGGGGACGAAUUGUGCGUCAUAAACGGAUGCGGGUUGGUGUUUGUACUCCGAUCUGCUCAAGAGGAGGGACAGUAUCAUUUGAUAAGUGACGCGCACGUGCAGGGAUGUAUGCAAGGCGAGAUCCAUGCAAGGACAGAUUUGACGACUCGGGAGAUAGCACUUGUCUGA